GCCCCAUUCUUCUGGUUGAGUAACCAGAGCUGCAGCAACCCUGGAUUUUCUGGGUAGCUGCCAAAUCCUGUCACUAUUAAAGGCAGCUGCUGCUGAGCAACAAACAGUGCAUCCUCUCUGUCUACUCUGUCUCAGGGAUACUUGUGAGCACUUCCCUGGGCAACAUGCUGACCAACCUGGAGAAGGCAAUAAACAACAUCAUUGAUAUCUUUCACAAAUACUCCUUGAAGACUGGGAACUACCACUCCCUCUACAGAAAUGACCUGAAGUCUUUGAUGGAGAGUGAGUGUUCCAUGUACCUCAAGGAGAAGAAUGCAGACACCUGGUUCACAGAAUUAGACAUCAACAGUGACCAAGCAAUCAACUUCGAGGAGUUCCUCAUACUGGUGAUAAAGAUAGCUGUGGCGGCCCACAAGGCCUCCCACAAAGAAUAGCAAUGCUCUGUCUCCCCCCAGCCCCAUGUCCCUGCAGAACAAUAAAGUGACUGAUACCUCACAUCA